GCCAAGGACAAGCUAUAGAGUUAUCUUUGCUUGUAAACAAAGGCAGGUGAGACUGCGUUUCACCACGGACGGGGAUACAAGUUCGUGGUUGCAAAGCUUCACAUUUAAAAGAAUGGCGAAGGCGGGGUCAUGUUUAUUUCAAAUAGGAUACUUCUUGUACACACGCACAAGAAUUGGAUACUAUUACCAUAGGCGAGAUAUUGCGAAAGCUCAAGAAAAACUCGGUGGAGGAAGCCACUCAGAGUUAACUCUUUUCAGCUUUGGAGACCUUCAGAUCCUACCCAUCCCCAUGAUGAUGGACAAUUAUGCUUAUUUGGUGACGGACACAACAAGUAACACAUCAGUUGUUGUUGACCCAGGACAUGCUGAACCAGUUCAGUUGCAGCUUAGUGAAAGGAACAUUAUGCCAGAAGCCAUCCUAAUUACCCACAAGCACUGGGACCACAGUGGAGGAAACACAGACAUGCAGCAACACUAUCCUGGCAUCAAGAUAUAUGGAAAUGUUGUUGACCAUGUACAAAAUAUCACAAAUGCAGUAACAGAUGCUGAAGUUCUCAAAUUUGGUGGGCUUAAGUUCCAAGUGAUGAUGACUCCAGGUCACACCAUUGGCCAUGUUGUUUAUGUCCUUGAAGGAGGAUCUUUUGGUGCCCCAGACUGUGUUUUCUCUGGGGACUUGCUUUUCCUGUCUGGCUGUGGUCGCAUGUUUGAGGGCUCUUCUACUGUUAUGCUGAAGUCUCUGGAUAGGAUCUGUUCUCUACCAGACUCUUGUCUUAUAUGGCCAGGGCAUGAAUAUGCCAAAGAGAACUUGGAAUUCACGUGUCACCUUGACACUGGAAACAGUACAGCCAAGGAAAAACUAGAGUGGGUGAAGUCACAGAGAGAGAAGAAGCUUUGUACAUGCCCAUCAACUUUGCUUGAAGAAAAACAGUACAACCCCUUUAUUAGAACAGCAGAGGAAUCCAUUGUACGAGCUUUAGGUCUGGUUAGUGAUGACAGUUUUAAAGAGCCUAGUGAUCAGCAAAGAGCCUGCAUACUGGAAGAGAUAAGAGAGCGCAAGGAUCAGUUCAAAUACAAGCUCUAAUUUACCAUACCUUCAUUAUAAAUACCUCUGAGCAAUUUAAAGACAAAAUGUUAUUUUUUUAGAAUUAUCUUUCAGAAUCUAGCAUUGUUAUGGCAGCACCAGGACUCGGAUCACUGUUCAAUAUGAUGCUAAUCAGUUGUUCUCCUGAUGUCACCUGAGUACACCAUUUUCUAUAUAUUUUUCUUUUAACAUUUUCGUCUGAGACUAAAAGCUUAACAUCUCACAUUCAUACUCUUCAAAGAUUUUGAUCUUGCCUUUAGAAAUGGAAGAGGUAAUGUGGAAGGAGUGAGUGUUAAAUACUUUCAGUUUGUGUGUAGUUCCAGUAUAAUAAACUUUGUGGAAAUUCUGUAUCCAUUUACAGCGUUUAUGAUCUCUUUGUAACAUUUUCUGGUGGUUCAUCUCUCAGAAGCCAUAUGGUAAUGUCCUAAAGCAAUGCCUUACAUAAAUUAUUUCUUAAUGAAGCUGAGUUAUUUGUGUGAAAAGAAAUAUAGGUUAAAAAUCACAAUUUCGUCAUCUUAAAUAUUCAUCAAAAUUUAAGUGCAUGUCAGUAAAACUAAAACAAGACAUUGCUCAUGUUGUCUGGGCAUACACAUAUGCAUGAAUGGUGUCCAGUCACUUAAUCCCCAGACACUUCGUCCCCGACACUUCAUCCCCUAGACUUUUAAUCCCCAAGCACUUAAUCCCCGACACUUCAUCCCCGACACUUCAU